UCAACAAUCAUCAAUACCAUCAUCACCAGCCAUGUUAAUGAAUCAUUUAGAUUUAUCAUCAAUACAUUCAUCAUCACCAUCAGCAUCAUCAUCACCAUCAUCAGCGGCGGCAGCGAUUUCGAAUUCGACGAAUGAAACAAAUAUUCAAACAACAACAAAUUCAUCAACGAUUAUUGUUCCAUCAUCAACAUCAUCAUCAUCAACAACAACAACAUCAGCAACACCAACUACUUCAGCUCAUUAUCAUAAUAAUAAUAAUAAUAAUAAUUCAUCAUUACCAUCAUUACAAAAUUUAGCCACAACAUCAACAACAACGGAUCAACAUCGUUCAUCAUCACAUUCACAACAGAUUCGUUCAACAUUUGAUCAAAAUAAAAUAUAUUUUGGUGAAAACAACAACAAUGAUGAUUCAUCAUGUCAAUCAUUACCGAAUAUGCCUGAUUCAUCAACAAUUGUACAGAAUACAAAAUCAUUAGCAUUACAAUCGAAUACAAUACUAAUGACAAGCCUUGGUGGUAUUAGCUCAAAUAUUUCAAAUGUAAAUAAAUCAACAAAUGAAUCAAAUAUUAAUACAGGAAUUAUGGUUGAUGAUGAAAAACUUGUUAAAAGAAUAAGAUUUAAAGGUUCAUUAGUUAAUAAUGACCAGCAACAACAACAGGAACGUGAUGAUGGUCAAACAAAUGAUAAUAAUCAAUUGAUUGAUCAACAAAAUCAAAGCCAAUCAUUAUCAGCUGAUCAUAGUGGUGGUGGUGAUCCUUUGGAACAAAAUCCAUUUGCUUAUCGUCCGGAUACGGAAAAUAUUUAUAGUUCAAGAAAUAGUGUUGCCAAUUGUUAUGGUUAUGCAUGGCGUCGUUGGUCAAAAACUGAUGCACCAAGUGUUAAAAAUCAGGCUGCCGGUACUGUACAGGUUCCACAUACAAUGCCACAAAUUGAUGAUGAAGAUGAUCGAAAAUUUCAAUAUAUUUUGGGUGCACCAACAUCGGCCGGAACACGUAUCGGUUUGAUGACAAUGACCUAUUUGAAUCAAGGACAAUCAUAUGAAAUUCGUUUGAAAAAAUUGAAAAAAGUAUCCAUUGAACCUAAUCUUAAAACAUCGGUUCGUUUAGGAUUUGUUGAAAAACGUUUACAAUAUCGUGAAAAUGAAGAAUUAAAUGGUUGGGUACAAUCACAUAAUAAUGGCCGUAUGAUUGAUAUUGAUUUUUCAAUGUCAUAUGGUGUUUUUGAUGUUGAUCUACGGUCACAAUUUAAUCAUUCAAUGACAUUUGUUUGGAAUCCUGGUCGUGAAGCAUCGAUUUUCAUUAAAAUCAAUUGUAUUAGUACGGAAUUUACAUCGAAACGACAUGGUGGUGAACGUGGUACACCAUUUCGACUUAUUGUUGAUACAUAUUCAUUGGAUGGAAAUAAAAUUGAUUCAGCUUGUUGUUUGAUAAAAGUUUUUAAAUCCAAAGGAGCCGAACGUAAACAUAAAACUGAUCGUGAUCGUGUUUCAAAACAUCCGGAUUCAGAAAAUUAUUAUCAACCAUCAUAUGAUUGUACAUUAUUAACAAUAUUUAAAGAAGAAGAAAUGAUUGCUACAAUUCAACAACAGCAACAACAACAACAUUCAGAUUUAUCCCAUCAUCAUCAACAACAACAAGAAUUUGAUCAACAAGAAUCAAUAUCAACAUUAACAAAUCGUUCAAUGACUGAAUCACCAACAUGUUCAGAAUUAAGUAUGGUUACAUCGGCAACAAUGCCAAAUACACCUAUUAGUCCACAUAAUUUAGUUCAACAACAUCAUCAUUCUUCUUUACAUAAUAAUCAUAAUCAAUCAUCAUCAUCAUCAUUAAUUUUAGAUCAUCAUUCAUCAUCAAUGUCACAAUUUUCAUCCAUAUCCGGUAGUAAUCUGCAUCAAACAUCAUCAUCACCACCUCAUCAUUUAUCAUCAUCGCCUUCAAAACUUGAUACCUAUGGCCAUUCUCAUCUUUCUCAUCAUCCACAUCCACAUCAUCAUCAUCAAUUGAUGCCAUCAUCAAAAUCAAAUGAUCAAUUAAAUCCACAUUUGACUUCAACACCAUCAUUAGCAAUGGUUGCUAGCUGUCAACAAGGUGGUCCGGGUGAAUUUUCAAUGUCAACGGCAACAUUAACGAUCUCAUCACCAAUGAUGGCCGGUCAAAAUCCACAAUCACAAUCAUCGAAUAACAAUAAAUUUGUUGAUAAAUUUGAUGAACCGGGUAUUGUUCGUACAUCAAGUUUAUCAUUAUCUAUACGUUCAAUUUCACCAUCAAUAACAUCGAUGAUGAAAAAUUUUGGUUCAUCAUCAUCAUUAGCGCCAACAUUAUCGAAUGGUUUAGCAUUAGAUUCCGGUGCUAUUGAAACAUAUGAAUGGUUGAAAAGAAAUCGAUUUUUUCGUUUAGCCGAACAACUUUGUGAUUAUACUGCUGAAGAUCUACGUCGUUUAUCACGUGAUGAUCUCAUACAAUUAUGCGAUUUUAAAGAUGGUAUUCGUUUAUAUAAUUUAAUACAUAUGCCCGAAAUUUCGGCUACAAAAUUAACCAUAUUCAUUACGUUUGAUGGUAAUGAACAUUAUGCAUUAUAUUUUAAACAUUUAACAAUGGAAGAAUUUCGUGAAAAACUUAUCGAAUGUAUGUAUAAUAAUAAUAUAUUUGGAAAUUUUAAUACGGAACAACAACAACAUUCAAUUGAUUCAAUGAUAUUAACUCGAUUAAGAAAUAUUCAUAUGACAGGACCGAAUAGUAUUCGUAUAAAAUUAACAAAUGAUGUUUUACAAAAUAUGAAAAAUGAAUCUAUAUAUCGUUGUUUAUUAAACAAAGGUUAG